AUGGGGCAGAUGCAGAGUGAGGACGACCUGACGAACGAGGUGGAUGCACAGGUCAAUGCACUACAAAACAAGUUGAAGGGGAGGCUGAAGGAGACACAGGAUUUGAGUGACCUGAAUAAGAAGGUGUUGAAGAGUUCCAUGAAGAUUGAGAAGUCUACGGCCAAGUUGAAGGAGACGUCGAUCAAAACAAAGUGGAAAUGGUUCUACGAGUACUUGAAGUGGCUGAUUCUGGCAAUGAUUUGCAUUACAUUAUUGGCAUUAUAUCUGUUGAAAUCACUAGGCAUUAUUGGUGGUGGAGGAACAUACUAUCCAGAAGAAGAAGGAUACUACGAUAACGAUGAGAAUAACGAGAAUUAUGACAACAAUGAUAAUGCACCAGAAGGGUAG